UAGCGCUUUCUUCCGAGUGUGUUACGCCGCAUUGUGAUGCAGCAGAGACGUGUCUGUCUAUCUCUCUGUGUCUGUCUGUCUCUCUAUGUCUGUCUGUCUGUCUGUCUGUCUGUCUGUGUGUCUGUCUGUCUGUAUUGAGCCUUAACCUCAGCUCCACGUGGUUUGAGCGAGUCAGCAUGUUGGUGAUUUUGCUCAACUGCGUCACACUCGGCAUGUUCCAGCCAUGUCAGGACCUGGAGUGUCACUCGGAGCGCUGCACCAUCCUGCAGGCAUUUGAUGACUUCAUCUUUGCGUUCUUUGCGGUGGAGAUGGUGCUGAAGAUGGUGGCUCUGGGCGUGUUCGGGCCGAGGUGUUACCUUGGAGACACGUGGAACCGCCUAGAUCUCUUUAUCGUCAUGGCAGGAAUGUUGGAGUACUCUCUCGAUGGACACAACGUCAGUUUCUCUGCAAUCAGAACAGUCCGAGUUCUCAGACCUCUCCGAGCCAUCAACAGAGUUCCCAGUAUGCGCAUCCUGGUGACGCUGCUGUUGGACACAUUACCGAUGCUGGGAAACGUUUUGCUGCUAUGCUUCUUCGUGUUUUUUAUCUUCGGAAUUGUUGGCGUGCAAUUGUGGGCGGGGUUACUGCGCAACCGCUGCUUCCUGGAUGACGAUGCAAGAACGAUGUUUAAUCUCUCUCCGUCUUUGAGUGCUUACUACAGACCCGAAGACUCCGACGACGUCGCCUUCAUCUGUUCAACCAAUCGCGAGAACGGAAUGCUGCGCUGCUCCGAUGUCCCGCCACGCAAAGUGGGCGGGGCUUACUGCGAGCUAAACGCUCACAAUGUCACGCACCCCGCUCCUCUAGAGCCCGCCCAUAGGGGGUGUGUCAACUGGAAUGCCUACUACAACAACUGCAGAGCGAGCGAACACAAUCCGCACAACGGAGCCAUCAACUUUGAUAACAUCGGAUACGCGUGGAUUGCCAUCUUUCAGGUGAUCACACUCGAAGGCUGGGUGGACAUCAUGUACUAUGUCAUGGAUGCGCACUCCUUUUACAACUUCAUCUAUUUCAUCUUCCUCAUCAUCGUGGGCUCCUUCUUCAUGAUCAAUCUGUGCCUGGUGGUCAUCGCCACGCAGUUCUCGGAAACCAAGCAGCGCGAGAACCAGCUGAUGCGUGAGCAGCGAGCUCGCUUCCGGAGCAACGAGUCCACGCUGACUAGCUUGGCUGAGCCUGGCUCGUGCUACGAAGAAAUUCUGAACUACCUUGGCCAUCUUUUACGCAAGUUUUAUCGCCACGUUAUUCAUUUUUAUAACGACGUGUGGCGCAAGAGCAAGAGCGCUAACCUCGGGGAGUCCGCCACUGUGGGCGGAGUCAACGGACACUGGAGCAAUAAGGAGGGGAUUGAGCUGACCCGACACCUCUUUCAUCAUCAUCAUCAUCAUCAUCAUCACCAUCACCAUCAUCAUCAUCAUCAGCAGCAGCAGCAGCAUCGCGUGGGAAAUGGCACGGACGUCCCGGAAAUGAAGGCGGUGCUUCUGAGCGGAGAUAAAUGCCUUCCCAAAUACACUUCCUCGUUCCCCCUGACCGUGCACAGCCUCAAGGGUAUCGGUGUGAACUACCCCACCAUCCUGCCCCUGGCCUUCUUCACACACUCACGUGUUCACCCCAACUGCCCCAGUGCCCUCAAGACCAACACACGCAUCCAGAACACCAACAAAACGCAGCAGCAUGGUGUGUACCCGGGUGUGUGUUCGAGUGUGUGUACAGAAGCUGGCAGCAGACCGGCACCGUGCGAGCUUCCCACAUGCCCGGUUUCUGCCCGCGAGGCCGACACACUCAGCUCCAACUCUGUCUGCGACUCAGACUCGGAGAAAGAGAGCGACCCGGAGCUGAAAAAAACGAGCUGGGAAUCCGAGAGGAAUUUCAGCGAGAAGCCGAAGAGGGAAAACUUCCUCGGAGUGUGUGUGCGGUGUGUGAGAGCCGUGCUGAGGAGGAUCGUGGACAGCAAGUACUUCAACAGAGGCAUCAUGAUCGCAAUCCUCAUCAAUACUCUCAGUAUGGGGGUGGAGUACCAUGAACAGCCUGCUGAGUUGACAGAUGUGCUGGAGAUCAGUAAUAUCGUCUUCACCAGCCUCUUUGCCCUGGAGAUGGUGCUGAAGCUGCUGGCCUGCGGUCCGCUCGGCUACAUCAGCAACCCCUACAACAUCUUCGACUUGAUCAUCGUCAUCAUCAGUGUGUGGGAGCUCAUCGGACAGGCGGAUGGAGGUUUAUCCGUCCUGCGCACCUUCCGUCUCCUCAGGGUCCUAAAGUUGGUCCGCUUCCUGCCAGCCCUGCGCAGGCAACUCGUGGUCCUGAUGAAGACCAUGGACAACGUGGCCACCUUCUGCAUGCUGCUCAUGCUCUUCAUCUUCAUCUUCAGUAUCCUGGGCAUGCAUCUGUUCGGGUGUAAGUUCACGCUGCGUCUGGAGAACGGGGACACUAUCUCGGACAGGAAGAACUUCGACUCGCUCCUUUGGGCCAUCGUCACCGUGUUCCAGAUACUAACACAGGAGGACUGGAAUGUGGUGUUGUAUAACGGCAUGGCCUCCACGUCUCCGUGGGCGGCGCUUUACUUCGUCGCUCUCAUGACCUUCGGUAAUUACGUCCUCUUCAACCUGCUGGUGGCCAUUUUGGUGGAAGGUUUCCAGGCUGAGGGCGAUGCUAGCAGAUCAGAAAGCGACGAUGAUGCGUUCUCAUCUGACUUUGACGACGAGGACAGGUUGAGAGAGCUGUUAAGCUCAGGUUCGGAGGCGAAGGUGCAGACGCUCCUGCCCAUUUCUAACGGCCACUUGGAGCCCAGAGCCACCAUGCCGCCGUACCACGCCUACACUACGGCCACGCCCAGAACCGAAGUGUCUCACGUCGACAACCAAUCACUGCGCAGCAGCAACGCCUCCUACGAGCACCACGACCAGAAGUCGAUGUCCAGUCUAUGGGGGAGUCGCCGCUCUAGCUGGAACAGCCUCGGCCACGCCCCUAGCUUGAAGAGGCGUGGCCAAUCAGGAGAGCAUGAGUCGCUGCUAUCGGGCGAAGACCGGGACAGUUUCGAAGACGACCAAUCAGAGGAGGACAAGUCCAGCAGGACAGGCAGCUUGAGCAGAGUUUCGCAUCUUGAGUCGUUCGAUUUGCCAGAACUCCUACAAGUCCCGCCCAUGCCACACCUCUACGGAGAAUGCAACGGUAGAUUGGACGGAUCGUUUCCUUCCUCUCCGUACACAACGCAACGAGAGACGUCGCACGCACCUGCCGAGCAGGACGACGAGUCAGAAGAGAGUUGGUGUGUUAUUCUGAAAAGGAUAUUGGAGCCGUACAAGCCUCAGUGGUGCAGAGAUCACGAGGACUGGUCACUGUACGUGUUCUCACCUCAAAAUAAGUUCCGUGUGCGUUGUCAGAAGGUCAUCACUCACAGGAUGUUUGAUCACAUCGUGCUGGUCUUCAUCUUCCUCAACUGCAUCACCAUUGCGCUCGAGAGACCCGACAUCCAGCCACACAGCAUGGAGCGCGUCUUUCUCAGUGUGUCUAACUACAUCUUUACUGUGAUCUUCGUAGCUGAGAUGACUGUCAAGGUGGUGGCCAUGGGGCUGUACGUGGGUCCAGGCUCGUAUCUGCAAAGCAGCUGGAAUGUUCUGGAUGGGCUGCUGGUGUUCGUGUCUAUCGUGGAUAUCCUGGUGUCUCUGGCCUCAUCUGGAGGAAACCGCAUUUUGGGAAUCUUGCGAGUACUGCGUCUUCUCCGAACGCUCAGACCGCUCAGGGUGAUAAGUAGGGCUCCUGGUUUAAAGCUGGUGGUUGAAACACUAAUAACUUCACUGCGGCCGAUUGGGAAUAUUGUGCUGAUCUGCUGUGCUUUCUUCAUCGUGUUUGGAAUACUGGGAGUCCAGCUCUUCAAGGGAAAGUUUUAUCACUGUGAAGGCUUCGACACCAGAAACAUCACCAACAAGUCCGAGUGUCUGCAGGCGAAUUACCGCUGGGUUCGCAGGAAGUACAACUUUGACAACUUGGGCCAGGCCUUGAUGUCAUUGUUUGUCCUGUCAUCCAAAGACGGCUGGGUCAACAUCAUGUAUGAUGGAUUAGACGCAGUGGCUGUGGACCAACAGCCCAUAAGGAACCAUAACCCCUGGAUGCUGCUCUACUUCAUUUCCUUCCUGCUGAUCGUCAGCUUCUUCGUGCUGAACAUGUUUGUGGGCGUUGUGGUGGAAAACUUCCACAAAUGCCGUCAGGACCAGGAGGAGGAGGAGGCACGCCUCAGGGAGGAGAAGAGGCAGAGACGGCUGGAGAAGAGGCGCAGGAAGGCCCUCCAGAGACCGUAUUAUGCAGACUACUCUCCCGCCCGCCUCUACAUCCACACCCUCUGCACCAACCACUAUCUAGACCUCUUCAUCACCAUCAUCAUCGGCAUCAACGUCCUCACCAUGUCCAUGGAGCACUACAACCAGCCCAAGUAUCUGGAGGAAUCCCUGAAAUACUGCAACUACGUCUUCACGCUGGUGUUUGUGAUCGAGGCCAUGCUCAAGCUGGUCGCCUUCGGCUUCAGGAGGUUCUUCAAAGACAGGUGGAAUCAGCUGGACUUGGCCAUUGUUCUGUUGUCCGUUAUGGGAAUUACGCUGGAGGAGAUUGACCUGAAUGCCUCAUUACCCAUUAACCCAACUAUCAUUCGCAUUAUGAGAGUGUUGCGCAUCGCCCGAGUGUUGAAGCUGCUCAAGAUGGCCACGGGAAUGAGAGCGCUGCUGGACACGGUGGUCCAGGCUUUACCGCAGGUUGGAAAUCUGGGGCUUCUUUUCAUGCUGCUGUUCUUCAUCUACGCUGCUCUGGGAGUGGAGCUGUUCGGAAAACUCGAAUGCUCGGAGGAAAACCCGUGUGAGGGUCUGAGUCGACACGCUACCUUCGAGAACUUCGGCAUGGCGUUCCUCACCCUGUUCCGAGUCUCUACCGGGGACAACUGGAAUGGAAUCAUGAAGGACACACUGAGGGAGUGUAAGAGUGGAGAUCGCUGCUUGAGUUACCUGCCGCUGUUUUCCCCGCUGUAUUUCGUGACGUUCGUGCUGGUGGCGCAGUUCGUCCUGGUGAACGUGGUGGUCGCCGUGCUCAUGAAGCACUUAGAGGACAGCAACAAGGAUGCCUGCGAGGAGGCGGAGAUGGAGGCGGAGCUGGAGGCGGAGCUACAGGCAAAUCGGUGGCAGAAUGCCGCCGCGUCUGCUGGUGAGGUUACUGGGUCUCCUGCGCUUCUACAGGGUGACGACCUUCAGGACAGAAACCUGCUCUCGGUCGGGAAGCCGUGCAUAUCGAGAAUGCUGUCUUUACCAAACGACAGCUACAUGUUUUACCCUAAAGCUGGACACAAACCCAGAGAGCAGCUCUUCUGCAAACAGCAGACCGUCGAUCACAAUACAGUUACAGGCUCGUCUCUGUCAGUGAAGUCGGAGUUGUGUGAAUGGGAAUCCCUACUGCAGGUUCCAGAGCCUCCGACUGGCCCCGCCUCUCAUUUAGAGCCCCUCCCACCGCAUCAUGUGACCACACAAAAGUCUCUCAGGAUGCUCCAAAGACAGGAGGCGAUAAAGAGCGACUCUGUGGAUUCCACCAGCCCUGGAUCGAUGGACAAUUUAUUUCUGCACCACUCCGAUUCUCUCAAAGUUCCCAGCGUUCCUUUGACCGGAGGCUCCGCCCCUUGUUCACCUCGAGCCACGCCCCCUAUGUGUCGCAGUCGGACAGCCAGCGUCCAAACAAGCAGACGCGUGUACAGCCAGCGCAGCAUUCCGUCACGCAGGUCUACACACACACAGCCGGACACACACACACACACGUCUAACACACACACCUCGGACGAAGAAAUCAGACAAAUCCUAUCAUCCGUCGAGAGAAAAGACUCCGGUGUCCGGCUCCUCAGACGCAGCCACACCUUAUCUCCACAUGUCGCAGGCACUUUAUGUUUGAAAAGCCAAUCACAGCGAAGUAAAAGUACAGGAAGUGACCUUAGGAAGUACAACAGCAUGGACUCGACCCAUGGGGCGUGGUCAAACCAGCCGCGAAACAAGAGCGUGCCCUUUAAAACGCAAGGAUCAGAAGCGUCUCUGUUGCGCAGGAAGCACAAAACGAGUCCACCUUGCGUUUCGCCUUCCACAGACCCGCCCAUUUUCUCAGAAACUUCUCAGAGCGGCGUGGUUCUGAAAAGGCGGGCGCCAUCGUUUGACUCCACGCUGCUCCGGGAGUCUUUGGAUCUUCCUGAUUCUCUGCUAGUUGCUAAGCCCCUCCCACAACCUCAUUUAUCAAUCCAUCUGUCUGUCCCGUUUGAGCAAUCGAACAAUCGCGUUUCAGACGACGACCAAUCAUCACACUGUGUCCCAAACGACGCCUAAACAGAGGGUUAUGGACCCGUUAUGGGCGUGGCUUAUUGUUAUGGGUCGGGAUGGUUCGUUCAGCCAAUGAGGAUUCAGACCAAAACAUUUGAUGCUAAUGUGCACCUUUAAGCUAGGAAUUCUAAAAAAAAAAAAAAGAAAAAAAAAAAAGAAAACAGUAGGGUGAAAAUGAGUUAUGCAAUUGUUUGUUUGUUUGUUUUUUCCCUAAUCAUAUUGAUUAGAGAUUUGAGAAUAUAAAAAAUGAUAUUGUGCAGCUGGAUAUUUGUUCUGAACUAUAACAAAGCUCCCAGUAGCUCCCUACCCUACGUUCACACAAGCCCAUGACAAGUGGGCGUGGCCUUUAGUUCCUAUGAGAAAUGGUAGUAGCUAUAUAUAACUUCUAAAGCUAGCUAGUUAAUCGGUGUGAAAAUCAUUUGUUUGAUUUACAUGUUAUGCGCUCGGCUUUGUACUAGCUUUGUUCUCGCUAACUAUACUAGCUACGUACACUUACUAGAGGCACCAACAAACUCUGCUCCUUCCUUCCUUUUCUAGCAUCGCACUAGCUUUAUUUUUCUUCGUAAUGUUUCUAUACACGUUAAAUAAGAGGAUGGAUAUGAGAGGAUAAGAUGAAACUGGAGCACAUCGCAAGUAGACGAUUAAGUUGUGAGUGGGAAACUGAAUCAGACUGGUCCGAGGAAUCAAUCCGGACAAUCGUUUGGAUUUGUCGCUUUAUCUAAUUUGCGUAAAAAAUUAAGAAAUCGCAUUUCAAAAGUCGCUUUGUUGCUGAAAUCGCAGCUUCGCGUCACGUAGAAAACGGAAAACGCUCACCUGUCAUUUUGUCGCUCGCUAUUGUGAACGUAGGGUUACAAUCACUUCAUGGCAAAUUUCUAAAAUAUUAGAAUAGUCAUGAAUCAGUUGUAAUAGACACUUGUGUAUUAGUAUGGUGUCAAUGGUUGUUAUGGAAACCGGAUGGAAGAAGAAGAAGAACGCAGAUGAAGGUACGAGAUCCUGAAUACACUUUUUUGACGAGAAAGUCAGAUACGUUUUUCUAAAACAGAGCAAUGUUGACACACCUGUUUUUCUCAGAUGAAAUCUCAAACACACUGCAUGGCAGAAUCAUCAGGACUGUACGCAGGAGGGCGGAGUUACUCUAGACUCGACAGAGUUAAUAUAUUUAUUGAAUGCAGCACCAUGAUAUUUUUAUAAAAAAAAAAAAAGCCCAAGAGUUUUGCACGCACUCAAAUGUUUUUUUGACAAGGAAAUGUUUUUUUUUUGUUGUUGUUGUUGUUGUUGUUGGUUUUCUCUUGGUAAUAACCAUUUCUACAAAAUAUAUUCAACCAAACACGCUUCUGAUAAUUUUAUUUUUUCCCCUCGUGCCACCCAGAGAUUCUGAAGCAUGGCAUAAAUAAUAAUAAUAAUUAUUAUUUAUUAUUAAUUAUUAUUAUUAUUAUUUUCCAUAGAUUAGUUAAUAGAGUAAUGAACAUUUCACCCAGAACAGAUGUUCAGUGGCCUGUAAGUGCAAAACACGUUAACAAAAAUACAACAACAAACUCGAAAACACAUCAGCAGUAACCAGGUCCUUAUUGAACGUCACGGGCUUGUUGUUGUGUUUUGAUUUUGCCGUCAUGUUUUUUGUUUUGUUGUGUUUACAAAUUUACUGUUAGUUUUUUGGUUGUGUUGCAUUUUUAGUUUUACUUUUGUGUUUUCGUUUUUUUGUUUGUUGCAUUUGGAGGUUUUUUUUUUUGCAUUUUCUGAUUUGCUGUUGCACUUUUCGUUUCUUUGUUGCGUUUUCUGAUUUGUUGUGUUUUCAGACUUGCUGUUGUGUUUUUGGUUUGGUUUUUUGUGUUUUUCAUUUUGAUGCUGUCGUCGAUUUCCAAAUUUUCUGCUGCAUUUUAGUUUUGUUGUUGCAUUUUUAGUUUGUUUUUUUUUUUUAAUUUUCUGAUUUGCUGUUGCGGUUUUGGUUUUAUUAACGUUUUGAACGUUUUCGUUUUUUUGUGUGCGUUUUUGUUGUUUUUUGCUGUUGCAGUUUUGGUUUUAUUAACGUUUUGCGCGUUUUAGUUUUUGUGUGUAUGUGUUUUCGUUGCUGUUGCGGUUUUGGUUUUAUUAACGUUUUGCGCGUUUUAGUUUUUGUGUGUAUGUGUUUUCGUUGCUGUUGCGGUUUUGGUUUUAUUAACGUUUUGCGCGUUUUAGUUUUUGUGUGUAUGUGUUUUCGUUGCUGUUGCGGUUUUGGUUUUAUUAACGUUUUGCGCGUUUUAGUUUUUGUGUGUAUGUGUUUUCGUUGCUGUUGCGGUUUUGGUUUUAUUAACGUUUUGCGCGUUUUAGUUUUUGUGUGUAUGUGUUUUCGUUGCUGUUGCAGUUUUGGUUUUAUUAACGUUUUGUGCGUUUUAGUUUUUGUGUGUAUGUGUUUUCGUUGCUGUUGCGGUUUUAUUAACAUGUUUUGCACGUACAGGCUGCUGUCAAUAUGCCAUAAAGCUUCACAACCCAAAGCCAUACCUGUAGCUAUUCUCACAAUCUUACACUGUUACUGCAUUACAUUCAUGCUGUUUUUUUUUUUUUAAUUUAAUAAAUAUUUGUUGUGCAGCAGCAAACCAACUACCUACAUUAUAACGUGUGCACUUUGGAGAAACAUUUCUGCAGAUAACAAUGCAAAAUAGUGCUGUGUGAUUUAUAACGAUUUCACAAAGCAGAAGAAAAUGACAAUUUUGCUUCUCAAGCUAUGAACAAUUCAUUAGAAAGGAGCAUCGAUCUUUCCCUCAGCUUUAGACCAAAUCUAGUUGCAGUGUCACUCCCUUUUAUUCUUUAGACAUUUUCAUGUGUACUUUUACAUCUUUGAAAUCUCUGAUGUGGUAGAAAGACAAAUCCAUGGAAUCUUAAGGGCUUGUAAAUCAAUAUCUGAGCAGUGGGUUAUGACCAGUCAUGCACCUUCCGCACAUUUUCAUUUCUUUUUGUUUUUUGAUAUUGAAAUUGUGAUAAAUUGUCUAUACAAAAAUCGGAUAGAACUUUGGUGUACACCUUUGUUGAAAUAUGCCAAAAAUAUUGCGGGUUUGACUGAGUGAGGGACGUCUGGACUGUUCCAUGAUACGAAUUCAGGACUUGUUUAUAUUCAGGGCACUGAAACCACAAACAGAGGAAAUCCAAUGACUGACUGUAUUUUAAAGACAAUAAAUUUUACUGAAGAGCAUGAAACAUCUAUGUAAAUUUCUGAAAAAAGGACGACUUCAUGAUGCUUGAAAGGAAAAUGAUGCUGAUAAGCAUGUCUGGCUUUUUUUUCCUCAAUCAGAGCGAUGCAACUCAGACUAAGACAGGUUGGUUUAAACUAGCUCAAAUUUCAAACUAGUGCUAAUAAUUAACUAAUGUUAAUUAUGAGAAUUUAUAGAAUAGAAAAUUCUCAUGUUCGAAAUCCUACGACUUCUAAGAUCGUAUUGAAACUUUGUUUUUAAAACUCUUCAGGAUAAAAUAUAAAUUAUUUGCAUUAAGCUCAUGGACAGUGAUACAAAUAACCAAAAAAAUCUAUAAAGAUUCAUAGCAGAAACAUUAGAAAUAAGUGGUCUAGUCAGGAGCUAAUUUCAAAAUUAGACAAAAAGAAUAAAUGCAUGUGAAGAAUAAAAACUGAUAGGUCUUUUGUAGAAUUUGUGGAAUGAAUGUAAAAGAGAAACCUCAGCGCGUCACCGAUGAGCCAGGACACAUCAGCAGCGAUAGAUAUCUCCUGUUUGAUCUCAGGGAAGGACACGCCAAGCACCGUAGAGUCCGUGUGAAGACUAGCGUCGUUAUGGUUAACACUUGGCUGUAGAUUUUUAGAAGGUAAAACCACUCGAAAUACAUCCACUUCAACAAAGACGUAGUGAAAAAAGUGCUGAGAAAUUAUACUCAAGUGAAAUUAUAGAUAACGUGUUAAAAUCUUAAUUUAAAGUGGAAGUAUCCAGCUGAGAAAAUGUACUCAAGUGGAAGUCGAAUAAGUUGCUACUUUUAAAUGUACUCAGGUAUUAAAUUUGUGUUGUAUUUUAUGUGAAAAUUGAUCUAAAACUGUUAGGUGAUUUUCAUUUUAUGUUUAUUUUUUUGCCUGAAAACAAUCUCUGUUUUGUUUGUUUAGAAGUAAAAUAUCCUGUAACCAAUAUUUACCAUUAGCUAGGAUUUAUCUUGCUGCCUAGACGACAAUGUAAGUUACUGGAAUCGAUGCUAACCUAACCUGGUGUUAGCAAAGAAACCAGACUUAGUCUAUAAAUACAUAACCCGCUAAUGUUAGCAAAUUAGCAAAACGAAAAUGGAGGUAAAGGAGACGCCUCAUUUUAGACGUCUUUGCUUAUUGCAGUAUUUUACUCUUCCUCUAGUCAAACACUUGGAUUAUAUAUCUUCCCACGCACAUAGAUAGCUAUAGCGUUAACUCCAUUGUGUUCGAAAAGGUCACGAAGUUCUUGAUUAUUUUUUCUAACUUUAUUGGAUACUAAAAUGAGCCCAUGUGAUCAAUGUAUGUAUUGGUCAAAAUAAAAAAAAGUAAGGAGUAAAAACUAGGGUUUUUUUCUUGGAAAUAUAAUUAAGUCAGCGUAUGUGUAAGUACUCAAGCGAAGUCUAAACACAGCAAAAUACUACUUAAGGACAAAGUAAGAACGUAAACAAUUACUCAAGUGUUUUCCACUCCGUCUCAUUCUCUGCAUUUAAACCGUUACUCAAAUCCUCACGGUGUUGUCUGCAUACACACACAUGAGAACGAUAAGGAGUUUGAGAUGUUCUGCAUUGAAGAGUGGUCCAACAUCCGUCUCGAAGUGUUCUCCAACCUUGUUAGACGUUACAGGAUUGUAUUCAAUGCACCAGGUCUUACGGCGGCUUUAUAAAUAUAAAAUCAACAUGUGAAGAUCCAAAAAGUCAUAAAAAGAACAAAUUAAAGAAAUCCUAUCUAACAGGACGUCCAUGUUUCCAUCCUGAUGGUGUGGUUUUGCUUUUCCAUCUGGACAGAACUUCAGUCAAAUGCUGUAUUUUCUGUCUUAUUGCUUUAGCAGCUUAUUAUCCUCCUUCACUAUGCACCGUUCAUUGAACUUUUCUUCCGGAGCAGGAAGAAGAAGAGGCAAAUAAUUUCUCUCCUAAAAUUCUAGAGGUGUUAAACUGUAUUUAAGCAC